AGAAGAAGGCAAGGCAGCAUCAUAUAUCUCUUUCCAUCAAACAGAUUCAAGCGAAAGUUGGAAGCCAUGGAGAUGGAAUCCAUGGCCGCAUCCAUCGGGGUCUCCGUCCCCGUCCUCCGCUUCCUCCUCUGCUUCGCCGCCACCGUCCCUUUCAGCUUCCUCUGCCGCCUCAUCCCCCGCGGCCUCCCCAAACACCUCUACUCCGCCGCCGUCGGCCUCGCCCUCUCCUACCUCUCCUUCGGCUUCUCCUCCAACCUCCACUUCCUCGUCCCCAUGUUCCUCGGCUACGCCUCCAUGCUCCUCUAUCGCCCCCGAUGCGGCAUCCUCACCUUCUUCCUCGGAUUCGGCUACCUCAUUGGCUGCCACGUCUAUUACAUGAGCGGCGAUGCAUGGAAGGAGGGUGGCAUUGACGCCACUGGGGCUUUAAUGGUUUUGACGCUCAAGGUUAUCUCGUGCGCGGUUAAUUACAACGAUGGAUUAGUGAAAGAGGAGGCUUUGCGUGAGGCGCAGAAGAAGUACCGUUUGAUUAAGCUACCUUCGCUCAUUGAGUACGUUGGUUACUGCCUCUGCUGUGGGAGUCACUUUGCCGGUCCUGUUUAUGAAAUGAAGGAUUAUCUUGAUUGGGCUGAAGGAAAGGGGAUUUGGAGCACUGAAGCAAAAGGACCAUCCCCGUCUCCUUAUGUGGCGACCGGCCGGGCUCUUCUCCAAGCUGGGAUUUGCAUGGCCAUGUAUUUAAACCUUGCGCCUCAUUAUCCUCUGUCCAAUUUUACUAAUCCUUCGUACCGAGAAUGGGGUUUCUGGAAAAAAUUAAGUUACCAGUACAUGUCUGGCUUCAGUGCACGCUGGAAAUAUUAUUUCAUUUGGUCAAUUUCAGAAUCAUCAAUUAUCAUCUCUGGCUUGGGUUUCAGUGGUUGGACUGAUUCAUCCCCGCCCAAGCCACGCUGGGACCGGGCCAAAAAUGUAGAUAUAUUAGGGGUUGAGUUUGCGAAGAGUGCAGUUGUGAUUCCAGCUGUGUGGAAUAUACAAGUCAGCACCUGGCUCCGUCAUUAUGUUUACGAGAGGCUUAUUCAGAAUGGGAAGAAACCAGGCUUCUUUCAGCUACUUGCUACCCAGACUGUUAGCGCUGUUUGGCAUGGCUUGUACCCUGGAUACAUAAUAUUCUUUGUCCAGUCUGCAUUAAUGAUUGCUGGUUCCAGAGUCAUUUACAGAUGGCAGCAAGCUGUGCCUCCAACAAUGGCUCUGGUUAAGAAUGUCUUGGUGUUUAUGAAUUUUGCUUAUACACUUUUGGUUCUAAACUACUCUUGCAUUGGUUUCAUGGUGUUAAGUCUGCAUGAAACUCUUGCCUCCUAUGGAAGCGUGUAUUAUGUUGGAACUAUUCUUCCUAUUGUUAUGAUUCUUCUUGGUAAGGUAAUCAAACCUGGAAGGCCUGCCAGAUCUAAAGCUCGGAAAGAAGAGUGAGGUAGAUGAUGCUGUUUAUUCUUGUUGGAAUUUUUGAAACCACAUUAGGGUACUGCUGGAGAAUGGAUUUCCAGUUUUCACAGGUUUUCCUCCCAUGGUUUUUAACCUCUUGUAACAGCUCCUUUGGUCUUGAAAAUGGUUGGUCCUUUUCAUACUCUUGGCUUUAGCAUUGAAUUGUAUUUCUGUGAUUAGAAACAUCUUGUUGGAAAGUUUGAUAAAAGCAGUUAUUGAAGAAAUAUGAGAAACAUUUAUAUUUAUGUGA